AUGCUUCGACGGAGACACAAAAAGUCAAGGGGUGGCUGUCUAGAAUGCAAGCGACGCCAUGUCAAGCGGGAGUGCGGCUACGCGACUCCAGGCCCUUCCAGCGCCCGGCUGAGCCCGGGCGUAUCUUCCCACGGACGGUCCACCAGUCCGGGCGAUGCACAGAUGCUCGACGCCAACAUAUCCCAGGCGGCGACACCAUCCCUCGCCGUGACCCCGGCUUGCUCUAGCUCGCCACAGCCGACCUCAUGUUCAAACAUUAGCGAUCCGCCUGCCCCAGCCGCUGAGGGCGUCCUCAACAUGGCACACAUGGAGCUCGUAAUCCACCUGAUCACUGACCACCGGCUGUUUACUCUGAGCGACCAUGUCGGCGAGCUCCGCCACGGCGUUGAAUACGCUCUUAGAAAAGGUCUGGAAGCGCCGUACCUACUGCACCAGCUGCUCGCCUUCUCCGCCCGCCACCUGGCCUUCGUGCACCCCGAAAGAGCCGGCAGUCUCAAACACCUGGCAGAUACCCUCCAAACCCGAGCUGUCUCUCUCUUCAACAUGAGCGACUGGAGCCAGAGGGUGGAUCGGUCCAAUUGCGUCGAGAUCUUGCUCUUCUCUGUCGCGCUGGGCCACCAUCUCCUUGCGGACAUGCUCGCCAAGCGACCGGGCGGCCUCGAGGGUUUCGUGGCUCACUGCACACAGUGCAUGGACACGCAGAGAGGGAUAUAUACUGUCGCCAAGAGUGCCUGGCCGCUCCUCCUCGAGACGGAUCUCGCGCCCUCCCUGAACUGGAGCAAAGGCUUCACGUCCAGGAGACCGAAGGGCGAUGACUGCGACGGCGUGCUGGACCUGGUCGACCGAUCGCCGUCCCUGACAGAAGACGACAAGCAAGCCUGCCGGACCGCAAUCAACUACCUGCAGGUCGGGCUAGACGCGAUUCCGCUUGACCAGGAGGCCACCGAGGGGAACCCGUACCAGAUGCUCUUCUCGUGGACGAUGCUCGUGCCGCAGGAGUUCACGCGGCUGGUCGCAGACAGGCGGCCCGAGGCCAUCGUGGUGCUGGCGUACUACGCUAUGCUUCUUUACCAUGGGCGGUUCAUGUGGCAGGUGCAGGAUGCUGGCGCGUACAUCAUGGGGUUGAUUGUGGACUAUCUCCCUCCCGAGUGGCACCCGUGGCUCGAGCAUCCGCGGGAGUGGAUAUCCUGUUAG